AUGAAGUAUUGUUUGGGCGCACACGCCUUGAUGGUCGUGCUGGGGCUGCUUGCUGUCGCGUUCAGCGGUCCUGUGACGGCCCUACAUCCCUCCGUCAUUCCCUCAAGGGCGCGUCAUGGGGAAGUUUACCGUGCGGCACUGCGGCGCAGUUUGAAGGAGGGGUCUGGUGGCCAAGAAAAACUACGCCAUGACGUGCACAAUAAUGCCGCACGGUACUACAAUCAGCGGGUCGAUCACGCGGAUGUCACUUUGGGCACCUUUAGGCAGCGUUGGUGGGUGGACCGAUCCUCCUGGGAUGCCAAUUCUGGUCCCGCCAUUUUGUUGGUGAACGGCGAGGGGACCGCGCCCGGGUUACCGGAUGGGGGAUUUGUUGGGGAAUACGGUAAAUCUGUCAAGGCCAUUAUUUUCUCUCUGGAGCACCGCUAUUACGGCGAGAGCAUGCCUGCUCCCCUCACCAAUCGAUCGAUGCUGAAGUAUCUGACGGUGGAGAAUGCCCUCGCGGACCUUCAGGCCUUCAAGAAAUACGCUGAGAAAAAAGUGGUGAAGAAGAAAGUGAAGUGGCUGAUUGUGGGUGGGAGUUACGCGGGGGCAUUGAGCGCGUGGGCGAGAGCAAAAUACCCGGGGGACUUUGACGCUGCGUGGAGCAGCAGUGGUGUCGUGAAUGCCAUAUUUGACUACGAGGCGUUUGACGGACACUUGUUGAAAGUUCUUCCUUCUUCCUGUGCCGCCGCGGUACGCACCGUCUUUGGCAAAUUCUCAAAGGCGUAUGACAACCCCAAUCGUCGUGCUAAAAUGAUGAAAACCUUUGGCACACCGAAUUAUUUUACCAAGCCCGACAUGGCGUGGAUGCUUGCGGACGGCGCUGCGAUGGCGAUUCAGUAUGGAUACAAGGACAAACUGUGUUCAUCUAUUGAGUUUACCGAGGAGAGAGAACUUUUCAGGCGGUACGCUGAGCUUAUGAAAUUACUCUGGGGUGAAGAAUUUACGCGAAGCUGCUACUACAGCACCGAGUGCCUGUCAAAUCCGAGCUACAGUGAAAGCUGGAAAGAAGGCUACGCUUGGGCUUAUCAGUGUUGCUCGCAGCUGGCUUACUGGCAGACAGGCUUCCCGGGCGGUUUACGGCCGAGGGAGGUCAACACCUCGUACUUCAUGUAUCAGUGCCGUGCGGCGUUUGGCGAGGCAAUACUGCCCGACACCUACGCUUUUAAUAAAAAACAUGGGGGAGCACAUCCCGAUGCCACAAGAGUGGUGGCAACACAGGCUUUAGACGACCCAUGGUUGACGGCUGGUGUGAAAAAGGCGCUAAGCGAAGAUUACCCUGUAAUAACGGCGCAAUGCAAUGGCUGCGGUCACUGUGGCGACUUGGCCGCAACAAAUCCACUCAACCACCCGUCACUCAAGGCGCAGCGGCGCGCCGUGAAAUUUUAUCUGAAACAAUGGCUAGGAAUUUAA